CCUGCGAGGAGACUGGGAUACUGCCGCAUCCAAAUGAACCUCGCCUCUCUCUGCGGUCGCUAACAGCAAAACAAAGAAGAACAAAUCGGUAGUUGCAGAAAAAGAGACUCAUAUCCAGUCAUAUCAUGACGGACAACACUAAAACUCACGUUAUUUUGCUGUCAUGUGGAAGUUUUAACCCCAUCACUAAAGGACACAUUCAUAUGUUUGAAAAAGCCAGAGAAUACCUGCACAAAACAGGGAAGUUCAUUGUGAUUGGGGGUAUCAUUUCACCUGUACAUGACUCCUAUGGCAAACCGGGCCUCGUCCCCAGCAGACAUCGUCUCAUCAUGUGUCAACUGGCAGUCCAGUCCUCCGACUGGAUCAGAGUGGAUCCCUGGGAGUGCUACCAGGACACAUGGCAGACUACAUGCAGCGUGCUGGAGCAUCAUCGUGACCUCAUGAAGAGAGUCACAGGGUGCAUUCUGUCCAAUGUGAACACACCGUCCACAACUCCAGUGAUCGGCCAACCACAGAAUGAGACUCAGACUGGCAUCUAUCAAAACCACAACACAAUGAACAACAAGCCCAUUGCCAUUAAGCUGUGGGGGAAGAUGAGUGAGAGCUUGGGCAAAAUUUGCUGUGUUCGCCCAAACAUUGACCGUUUUACCUUUGUGGAUGAAAAUGCCAACCUUGGCACUGCAAUGCGAUAUGAGGAAAUUGAGUUGCGCAUCUUGCUUCUGUGUGGCAGUGAUCUUCUGGAGUCAUUCUGCAUCCCUGGCUUAUGGAAAGACAGUGAUAUGGAGGUGAUUGUGGGAGACUUUGGGAUUGUUGUUGUGCCUCGGGAUGGAGUUGAUACAGAGAGGAUAAUGAACCAUUCCUCUGUGCUGCGCAAGAACAAGGACAACAUCACAGUAGUAAAACAUGAUGCCAACCACCCUAUGUCCAUUGUCAGCUCAACCAAGAGCAGACUGGCCCUGCAGCACGGGGACGGCCAUGUGGUGGACUACCUGAACCAGACAGUCAUCGACUACAUCCUGCAGAGUCAGCUCUACAUCAAUGCUUCUGGAUAGGAACUACUGCUCCUGCCUACUGUCAUAUUGUCCCUGUCUGUCUGUCUUUCAUGUGAAAUGUAAACUCCUCUUGAGCUAUUGCUUUUCCAUUCAAAGGAGCGUUAGAUAUCCAUGUCCCUUCUUACUGUAUCAUAGUGACUCAUUGGACCUGUGGAUGUACUGUACAGCGAGGUGCCUGAGAGCUGUGUGUACGUGUGGACCACCUUCACAACUGACUUUGUGUAGGCUGCGCCGGCCGCGUAGGAUAGAGAGGGGGAUGGUGUUUUGGUCUGUCCCAAAUGGCACCCUAUUCCCUAUAUAGUGCACUACUUUUGACCAGGGCCUAUAGGGCUCUAGUAAAAACUAGUGCACUUUUUAUGGAAUACGGUGCCAUUUGGGAUGUAGCCUUGGUGUCAUGAAGAGAGGGCGCAGAGAUUGUUAUCUAAUGAAUGUUGGCUUUUGCUGUUUGAUUUAAAUCUGUCGGUUCUUAGACUGCAUGCUUAGAACGUUUUUGUUUUGGCAUGAGUACUUACUCACUUUGUAGAUAUAUGUUGUGAAAGUGUUUGCAAAAAGACAAACAUAUAGUGGGUACCCACCUCUCACUUAAUUUUCUAUUCACUCUAAUUCUACUGUAUGUACAGCAAUAUCUGUAUUGAUGUAUCUGCGAUUGCAAAUCAAUGCCUAAAUGUUUUGUCUUCAGUGGGAAUUCGUGAAAAAUGUACAUUUGUUUGCACAUAAGACAACGAUUUGUACAUAGAUUUUAUUUGUGUGUGAAGGAUUUUGCACGUUUCUUCUGCUUGCCACUGAGCAAAUUACCACAACUCCUAAAGCAAAUGCAAUGAACCUGUUUCUUACUAUGUGCUAUGUAGCUAGCUACUCGAGAUUCUUUAAAAAAUGUAUAGUAGUGGAAAAAAACAACAGAACAAACUACAGAAGUGCAGUCCAUGUGCCUGGGGAUGAAUUCACAGAUACAACAGUCUCCCUCUCCCUUGCACUCAAUACUGUCAUAAUAUCAUCAACCUGAAAUAAAAUGUGCUCUAAUGUUGUUCUGCAAAGGAA